UAAUUCUGUAAACAUGGGAUGCAUCGUGGAAAACACCUUUGUCCAAACGCUUCUUCAGAGGUGUAGCUGUGGUGUCUGGACACCAAAAUUCUUUCUAGCUUGUGACGCUUCUGACGUUGACCAGAAGGGGGGAGACAUUGCAAGUGCAAUCGCACAUGUCCGCUGGAGAUCUCGAUUUGUCGCGGAGAUAAAAACAAAAUGUUAUCCUGAAACGCUACAUCGUGAAUUUCAGUUCCACAAUCGAAGUUCGAAUCAUAUUCGUUGCAGUCCACAUCUAAGCGACUAAAACAACAUGGCAAGCUCAUCUCCGCGGUUCACAUGGUGCGCCUGUCGGAAGCACAAGAUCCCAUCCAAGGAUACCCACGAGCAGUGUUUGCACUGUCUGGGCAUUCAGCAUGCGAAAGAGGCCGUGCUGGAGUACGGAAAAUGCCCUCACUGUGCCAAAAUGGACUGGAGCUCCUGCAUCAACCGCCUUACAAAAGUGCAGGAAGUGAUGCAUCGCGAGAGUCAGCAACGGAAGCACGAAGCCGCUCAGGCUGGGGCGCAACCCAAACCUGAGACCACAACGGCGUCUGUUACCGACGCCAAACCUGUCCAGGAUGUAGUCUGCAGUACUCAGCCUGUCCCUCGGCCUGUGGUGGCCACCCCUGGCCCCACAUCGUCCACUAUGCCAGUGAUGUUCACUAUUCUAUCUCCUCCCCCUGUACCUGCCGAGUCAGAUGCUGGUGUAGUGAAGGGGGCCUUUAUGUCCCAUGUCGCUAUUCAACAGUCAGCAGACUCCACUCCAUCUCUGAGUUACCAGACAUCCCACCCACUAUCCACCAGUUCUCACAAGAGGAAGCGCCUGUCCAAGUGUCACACGCGCUGCUCGAAGCACUUCAGCAGGAGCCAUGGACAUAGGAGGAGGUGCUCCUCGUCCUCAUCCUCCUCACCUUUCUGGAGUUCCUCAGACUCCUCCUGCACAUCUGCCCUGAGGGAGAAGCGGAGGCGCCGAGAGGGCCGGCGGUCUCAGAAGCCAAAGGAGCUGCACGACCGCCUUCUCCAGGUGGUGGAGCAGAAGCUAGAAGCGCAGCAGCAGGCCAUGCAGAUCCAGUGGGCCAUGAUGGAGAGGCGCCUGGAGGCUCUGGAGAAGAAGGAUUCGGAGGCAGCAGCAGCAGCAGCAGCAGCAGCAGUAGCAGUCUCCUCGGCCCCAGCUUGCAGGGCAGUCCAUGUCCCCCAACCGUCCACAUCCUCUCAGGGCGAGGAACAGAGAGACUGGUCUGGAUCCACCAGUGACGCUGUGGUGACUGGUUCCAUUCCUUUGACCAUUAUCAAACAGGAGGAGGAGGCGGCUUCAAAACCAGAGGCAACCACUGAGGCAGAGAGACAGAGUGGACCUUCACGUGCUGAGGGUGCAGUUUCCAAGCAAGAUAUCCUCACUGCCAAAGAGCUUCAAAGUCUCAUUGCACGAGCAGCCAAAUACCUGGGUGUAACUUUCCCCAAAACAUCUCCUAAUCUGCCAGAUCCAACCAUGGCGUCUGAAUUUGAGGAGUUGGUGCAAAGCACGUGGCCCAACCCAGCCAGCUCCAAGCCGUUCCGAGAGGUGUGCUCGGAGAUGUACAGGCUGAAUGAAAGCCAGGCUUUAGCCUAUGACCGGAUGCCGCAAGUCAACAGGUUCAUGUCUGCCAUUUUCCAAGCGGUCAAGCCCACGGACAGUAUAGAGCAGGGAGUACCGGCUGAUCGCUGGCGCCUUACUGAGAUGCUGACCGAGGGCACAUACCAGACAGCUGGCAUGCUUGCCAAAACUGCCAACUACCUGCGUUACUUGUCGGACUAUCAGCAACGACUGCUAGUGGAGAUCACAGAAGACCACCCUGCUCAGCGCUUUGUGACUGUCCUCAACGAGCUGAAGCUUAUUGGUCAGUUUGCCCACCAGCUCUCCUCUCACCAAGCAGAGUUAUCAGGAAGGGCCAUGGCUGCAUCAGUAGCCAUCAGGAGGCAGGUUUGGAUGGCCAAGACUAAUUACACAGACGCACUGAAGGCCACAGUGGCAGACCUGCCCUUUGUGGUGAGCCAGAGCGUGGGUGUUGGUUCUGGUGGUUCAAGCUCCAGUGACAACCUGUGCAAACAGGAGCAUUAAACUUAAUGCUGAUUCAGA